AUAGGAAAGCGAUCAGAGGGUUCACUUUGUGCGAAACAAAUAAAUAAAAUAUAGCUUGCAGCAUACCAUUGUAAAGCUGUAACACAAUACACCAUGUCGAGGCAAUCGAAUAGGACUACGGACAGCAAGAAAAUGAAUUCUGAGCUGUUCACUCUCACAUAUGGAGCCUUGGUCACACAACUGUGUAAGGAUUAUGAAAAUGAUGAAGAGGUUAACAAGCAGCUGGAUAAGAUACUUUUUUCACUCUUUCCUUCUUCUAGGGGAUACAAUAUUGGAGUCCGUCUCAUUGAGGAUUUCUUGGCGCGCUCCAGCGUAGGGAGAUGUCACGAUUUCCGAGAAACGGCCGAUGUCAUCGCAAAGGUAGCUUUUAAGAUGUACCUGGGCAUCACCCCAAGUGUGACCAACUGGAGCCCUGCUGGGGAUGAAUUCUCCCUCAUACUGGAGAGUAAUCCUUUGGUGGACUUUGUGGAGCUGCCAGAUAACCACAGCACACUGGUGUACUCUAACCUAUUGUGUGGAGUACUGAGAGGAGCCCUGGAGAUGGUCCAGAUGGCGGUGGACGUGCGGUUUGCACAAGACACUCUGAGAGGAGAUAACGUGACAGAGAUCCGCAUGAAAUUCAUCAAGAGGAUUGAGGAAAACCUGCCAGUUGGAGAUGAAUGAAGUCGCUCUUUGGGAUGGAUGGUUUGGACCACCAUCAUUCUGGACCUAAAAGACUUAACAUGCAGUUUGAGUGGGCAUCAGCCAUUUUAUCUGCUACAUCUGCAGAUAUGGGACUCAGAGCUACAGAAAUUUCUCUCUUUCAACUGCUGCAGCUCUCUAUGCGUGUGCUAACUCACACAAAGAGACCAGAAAAACCACCCUGAGAGGAAUCCCAACACUGUUCAAGACAUCCUGAAUUACUUACUGUUCUUUUGAUCACUGAUAUUGUUCAAAUAAUGUCUUUAAAAGCCCCUUUAAAUGUUAGAGUAUUAAAGUCUAGUUCCCAACAUACAGAAUAUAUAUUUUGCUGUGUGGUUGUUGUAAAUAAAGCGGUGCAUGUCUACAAAGAUGAAAAGAUUUUUUUUUUUUGCUUUUUGCUUUUUUUAUCAUUUGCUUUUUUUUGACUCAUAAAAGGUCAAGCACCCUCAAAAUUGUCAAAAUUGUAACUUAUCAGUGUACUCAGUCAAUAAAUGAAUGGAAAAC